GCAGGCUUUAUUAAGUGGCAGCAAGGUUCACCUCUUACAAAGUGAUUAAACAAAAGGGCUAUGAAACCUCCUAGUGCUAUGACAAAAGCUAUGAAAGCUACGUCUCUAAGGAGAGCAAAUAAACCGGCUAUGAAAGGUGUUUGCUUCAGAAUGUACACAGAGGAUCAGGGUCAGCAUCUUGGACUCAGCGGUUGGGUGAAGAACACCAAACAGGGAACUGUGAUUGGUCAAAUCCAGGGACCGUUGGAUAAAGUCAAUGACAUGAAACACUGGCUGAAGACUAUCGGAAGUCCAAGUUCGAGAAUUGACCGAGCUGUCUUCUCCAACGAAAGAGAGAUUUCUAAACUGGAAAUCAACAGCUUCUUGACUCGUUAUUGAGCAUGCUUAGACACGCUGAUGUUACAUCAUAAAUAACUCCUGCCAUUAAAAAUAGAGUUGAAACAAUCAAGUCAACAGCACAUGCUGAUUAUUGAUGGCUGAAGUGGUUUAUCAGUAAAACCUCAGCAGUGUCAGAUUUUCAGGUUUAUAUAUUUUACAAAAGUCUGACAUGUAGACCACAGCCGUUUAAAUAAUGAAUCCAUCCUGAUCUGUACCUGUCUGAAUAAAUUUUUUGGAUAUUCUGUUCUCUGCCUUAUUGCUCACGUUUUGUCUGUGUUGGGGUUAGGUAAUCUAUCUCAAUGACUCCUCCCUUGUGGUUAGGGUAAGGGGGUGAGAGCCGUCCACGUCCGGGUCUGCGGACACGCUAUUUCCCGGGGUGCCAGAGACUCGGGACGUUGCCUACGGAAGGGGGGGUGGUGCAUCAAUUGCAGGAGAGAGGUGGGCUCAGGAGAGAAGUGCCAGGUGAGAGUGAUUAGCACACCUGUAGCCAAAUGUCUAAUCACGCUCCCUCUUUUACAACACAGUAGUGUGCUGGACCCAGGGGAGGAGGAAGAGCAGUACAGUACACUGCGCAGCAAAUUCAGUACUAGAAAAUUCCCACAG